AUGUCCUCGCCCACCUUCAUCGUUAGCAUGCCAGGUGCAGGGCCGCCGGCGCCGCGCACGACCAGGCGUAGUCAGGUCCCGCGAGCCUGCAACUGGUGCCGCGUGCACCGCCUGAAAUGCGACUCCGACUUUCCCUGUACCAACUGCCGAAGGAAAGGAGGUGAAUGCAAUAUUGACCGGCUCGCUAGGCCGGUUACUCUCCCUCAGGCGUGCAGGGAAAUCGACAGGCUGAAGCAGCGCGUUGAGGAGCUCGAGCGCGAACUGCAGAACGAGCGCCAGACGCAUCGUUCUCUCCCCACAGUAGUGACGCCGUAUACCCCUGAUGAUAGUCCUAAGGAUACUACGGUUGAUUUUAGUAUUCCUGGUGCUGCCAGUGGGAAGCGCUGGGAGGGGAUCUAUAUCAGCACUGCUCGCUCGCCUAAUAAGACUUGGUAUGGGUCAUCGUCGCUCUUCUUUUUUAUCAACCGCAUCAAUACCUUUUUGGCUACUGCUUUGAAGCAAACUCACUCAACGCAAGUGUUGCUGCCGGAAUCUGCAAGUACGCUUCUGGAUGGACCGGCGGCUACGAUCGAAGAUAACCAACCGCCAGCCCCAAUGGGUGACCCAAUCCGCGGGGGCGAGUCUCUUACGUCGAUGCAGGAGGAGUACUUUCUGAAUAUGUUUUGGGAUACCUUCUAUCCCAGCUAUCCGAUCCUCGAUGAGCAUGACUUCAAGGAUCAUUACCAGUCGCUGUGGACGACAUCCGACGGUGAAAGACAGCCGUCAGCGCUCGUUGAUAUCGUCCUUGCGGUCUGCAUGCAGUACGGGAUGGCUCGACAACCAGGAGGUCGUCACGCUCUCACUGCAGCUGCGCGAGGGAAUGUUAAUAACAAUGACUCUACCAUCGCCGGUCGAUGGCACUAUCGUCGCUGUCUAACUCUCUUGGCGAACGAAAUGGAGGCCCCGACGUUGUCUACAUUACAGUGCCAUCUACUCUGCUCGAUCUACUUGUGCUACGGCGGCUUCCAAAACAUGUCAGAUAAUGCAUGCGGACUGGCGGUGCGUGCUGCAUUUAUGCUUGGGCUGCAUGUUGAGCCUCCUCAGAGUAUGCCACGACGCGAGAGGGAGCUACAGAAGCGUAUUUGGUGGACACUUUAUAUCUUAGAAACCAAUCGGAGUAUGAAGCUCGGCCGUCCGUUCACUAUACAGGAGUCGACCUCAUCAUGUACUUUGCCGGCGGAUGAUCGUGAAAUUGCCGGACUGUCAGGCUCGAGCUUCGCACCGAUUGGGGGAAAUGUCACUUGGCUGACGUGGAACCUCCACAAGAUCAAACUGCUUCUCGCGGCGCGAAAGGCCUACACAAACUUCUACUCUAGACCACCAGAUACGAUCAGCAUAGGCAUUGCGGAACCAGUCACGAGUAUCAUGGAUGCCUGGUUGCAUGGUGUGCCUGAAGCCCUGAAGACGAGUCGUCAGAACCAAGGCACCCCUUUCUCGACAGAUCGAUCACCGUUGCAAGUUGAACAGUUUACCCCUGUCUGGCUGCAGCGGGAACGUGUUCUCUUAGAGCUCAUGUACCACACCGUGUGCACGAAUUUGUAUCGCGCAUCGAUUUGCUUUACACUUAACGGGGUCCCAGCGGCAAUCACCGAGGACGCAGCGUCAAAAUGCGCUGCCCAUGCAAUGGCGCUAACGCACAUUACCCAUCAAGUGCUAGAUACUACUUCGAUUCUGAAUGGCUGGCACGAGGCCUUCCAGUGGCAGUGGAACGCGGCCAUGACGCUUGUCGGCUACCUUCUGGCCUUUCCCCAGAGUGCUUCCACCGGGACGGCGAGAAGCACCAUCGACCUGUCGGUCUCUGCACUCGAACGCUUUGGCGACGGGUUCGCGGUGGCGGCCAAUGCAGCGACGAUUAUGCGCGAUCUCAGUGUGAAAAUCGAUCGUCUGGCCGGAGAGGGCUCUGUCAUGACAGAUGAUGCUCCACAGAAGCCAACCUCCCUGGAGAGCGCACAGACCGCGAUGACCCACGCCAUCCCCGGAUACCAUGUCCCGCUUCAUGACGGGGCCAUUGACGAGACGAUACAGUGGCCCCUGUGUUUUGGGGAUGAGGUUACCACGGCAGAGAUUGGCGGUAUUCUGGGCCACUCGAUCGAUAUCUCUGCUGAGACGAUGACGGAUAUCGACUGGUCGAAUCUGAAUAAUGCUUUCUUUGACCAGUGGCCGGGGGCGUUUUAA